AUGGCCGAAGGAGAUGCACGUAAUCUUUUCCAGUUUCUGAAAAGCGAUGUUUCUACAGAUGAAAAAACAUCCCAAUUGGACGUUUUACGCUCAUUUUUCAACAAAAACAAUAUUCCUAAUGAAGAUCUACCUAUCUACAUAGAGUGCUUCAAAGCUUCUCUUGCAACCGUAAAUCCUUUGAUUCUUCGGUGUGCAAUUUCAUGUUAUGAAACAUUCCUUCGAAGACUUCGGGCGCAAUGUCCCUCAUGGGUUAAAUUUCGUGUUCCACUUUUAAAAAAUCUUGUACUUGACCAUCUAGCUUCCCGAGAUCUUAGUAAACGCAUUCUCACGAUUCUGCUAGAGCUUUGGCAAUUUAAUCCUGUAGAAAUUGAAAAAAGUUUGCACCAUGCCUUGUCAACCAACAAAAACGCCGAGAUCCGUAUACAAGCUCUAAAAUGGUUUGCGUUAGCCCAUCGUUCAGAUUUAUCCUUUGACCUUAAAGCUCUUCGCCCUUUUCUAUUCGCCAAUUUGGAGCAUGCGGAUCCUUCUCUUCGAGAAGAUACAAAAGAGUUAUUGGUUCUCCUUCACAAGGAUUGUUCGCCUUCUACAAAGGCCCACCUUCUUCGAGAACUUGAGUCGCAUCAAGGUCUUCGAAAGGAUUUGCUUCAAUUUUUUUCUAAAAACUUAUCCCCCCAAUCCACAGAUGAUUCUUCAUCUCUUUCUCACACAGGUUCCCUAUCUCUACCUUCCACUUUGCCCAUUAUUUCUUCCUUUUAUCCUGCUGUCGAGUUAGAAAAAGUCGAUCCUUUGUACGUGAAUUUCCCAAAGCAACUCGAACAAGACGUUGCUGCUAUGCUUUCUUCAUUUGAAGGACGUGAAACUGAACAAAACUGGUCUCUGCGUCAAUCCAAUAUCUUACAAAUUCGUCGAUACCUGCGUGGAAAUGCCCCGGAUCAGUAUUUACCCGAACUCCUGUCUGUUUUGAAGUCGCUUCUUCGUGGUAUCCUUGUUGGUUUUAUGUCAUUGCGUACCACGCUUAGCUAUUCCACGAUACAACUCCUCAAAGAAAUGGCUUUUAUACUUAAAAGCCAUAUGGAUGGAUAUCUUGAUGCUAUCUUGCCAAAUCUUUUGAAGAUGUGCUCUGUCACCAAGAGGAUUGUGUCUCAGGCUGCUAACGUUACCUUUGCUUCCAUCCUCUCUUUAUGUGGUCCUCUAUCAAGAACUUUGCAAUACGUUUCACUUGCUGCUAACGACACUAAUGCUCAGCUUCGCGUUUUUGCUAGCGGCUGGAUAUCUUUACUGCUUGCUUUGUAUCCGGUUGCAAAAUCACAUAUCAAAAUAUCUGUUAAUCAAAGUUUGUUUGAAAAAAUCAUAUGCAAAGGAAUAACAGACUCUAAUUCACAAGUCCGCGAGUCUUAUCGAAAAUCUUUUUGGAAAUUUGUUGAGUACUUUCCAAAUAGCAAGGAAGAGCUUCUCAAAACAUUUGAACCUUCUGCUAUCAAACAAUUAGAGCUUGCAAACCCUAAUCGGAAUCAACAACUUCCUCCUUCAUCUAUGCCAGGACCAAAGAGAGCGCCCGUAAAGUCAAUGACACCUAGUAUCCGUCCUGAGGUCAAAACCCCAAAAGACGAAAUUCCCUUUACACCACCUGUCCCUCAACGAAAGCUAGGGUUACCCCAACGAAUGGUGGCACCAACUCGGGAGAGAGCAGAAUCACAAUCGAAGAGUAGUUCCGCAGUAAGUACACCCUCCAGCUCAAAUGCAGGAUUAAGCCAUCCUUCGUCUUCUGCCACUCCUCAAAGUUCUAAAAAACAAACCGCUUCAAAUUUACGUGAAAGCUCAGAAACCAGCUCCUUUGAAAAACUGAAAAAUUUACAAAAAGACUGCGAAUUUAAACAAGCUAACGAUUCUUUCUUCCCUCAAUCAUUUACUUCUUACGUGCCAUUUUUAACACAUACACUUUUUCACGGUACUCCGCUUCUUUAUUCCAUUUUAUAUACACCAGCUUUGAUUGAACUUUUGUGCCAUUGUAUCGAUACCCAGUCCUUUCUUUCUCAAUUCCUCCUUUCAAUCUAUGAUUUAUCCAAUGCCGGUAACACCUUUGCUUUGACCUCAUUUCCUUAUCUUAAAAGUCGUCAUCCUCCUAAUAAGUAUUUCUUUAUUCUUUUUGAUUUGCUUAUGGAAAUAUCUAGUAUGGCGCCUUCUCACAAAAACCUCUCUUUCAAUACAAAUCAAAAACGAAUUGUAAUUCACGGUUGUUUAUUGUGGAUGAAAGAGAUAUUGGAAGGUGAGUUACAGUACAUAAGGCAUACGAAUAGCAACUCGUCCCCCUCUUCCGAUUUUAGUCUUGAGCAGCUGAAACUUUGCUCCUCUAAAAUCAUUCCUAUGAUCACAAAAACUCGGUUGACAUCCAAAAACUGGUUGCCUUUAAGUGGUUUACUCUACGCAUUCAACUCCUUUGAUCCCGACGGGUUUGACAUGCUGCUUGCAGGGAUGGACAAGGAAUCUAAAACAAAACUUCUCCAUUCUUGGGCAUACCAAGAUGAAUUCAAGAAGAGCAACGAAAGCAGCAUGACGAGCUUACCAAAUCAAGUUACUGGAGACUCCAUAAAGAAAAAUAAUGAUGCCGAGGGUGAUAUUCCAAAGGAUAUGAUGAUUUCCCCUUCAAAGGAGGCUUUCAAAGGUACUUCCAAUUUAACGGUUCCUGUAGAAAACAUCAUUCAUGAGCCCCAAGAUGUGGAUAUCCUUAGUAACUCUCCUUCAAAAGACCACUUUAAUGCUGAUAAUCAAUCUGCUUCUUUCACUUCCGACUUGGCUUAUGAUGUUGCUAAUGAUUCAUUGAGUUCUUCACAGCCAGUUAAAGCUGAACAAGUGGAGAGGGAAAAUGAGGUUGAACCUAAUUCUUUGUUUUGGGGUCAAGGUCAAACAAAAGGAGAUGACAACAAAAUUCUGGAAGAUAAGAGUAUGAUCGAACAUACCGAACAUGUAGAUCAGCUUGAGCAACAGCCGCCCCUUGAUUUAAGUAAAAGAAAAGAUAACAUUUGGGUUUAUGAUGCUUCAGAGUUUUCCCCAAGGAAGGAUGAACUGUUAAAGCAACAAGACAAGUCUUCUCCGAGUUUUAUAGAAACCGAAAAGACUGUAUCUGCACCUGCACCGUCAAUGAAUGUUCUGACCGAUAAGUCGAAUACAAUGAACUCAAACAAUGUUAAUGGGACUGGAAAGGGGAAGGCAGAAGAAAAGACUACGAGCGUUUUGAUGACUGGGCACCCAUUUACAAAAGAAAAUUAUGGUGCUGAACAACUCAUGAAAGAUUCGGAAAUGAAUAUACAAGUUUCACAGGACAAACAUAUUCCAUCAGAGGAAGAGCUAUCAAUAAUCUCUACGCAAGUAUCUAAAUACUCAGAUGAAAAACAAAGGAGUGAAGGUUUUAUUAAAGAAAGCAACAACAAUGAAGAUGUUCGCGAACCUGCAAACCAAACCUUAGAACAACAAAAUACUCCGGGGGAUGAUAUUAGUUUGAGUUUUUCAGAACUUAAGGUCCCUGUUUCUGAUCCUACAGUAUCUUCUCCUAUGUCAGAUGUAUCAAGAUCGCUCACUGAAGAAACAAUCGUCGGUGAUCUACCACAACCGCUUUCACCAUCAGUGAUAAGUAAUUCUAGAAAAGAAAGUUUGGCUGAGUUGCCGAAUGUCGAAAGGCUUAAAGUUGAGGAGUUUGCUGCAGGUGCUACUAACUCUAAGCCAAAUGUAGUGCCUCAUAAUAAAUGGUUACAGAAUCGAAUGAAAAAGUUAGAAAAGGGGUCCUCUAAGAUAAGGAAUAUGGAUCUAAAAAAGAUAUCGCAAUAUUGUACUAAUACAAUUGAGGCUUUCAAGGAUGGUAGCAUUUCCAGCAAGCUAAUAAAAAUUUGCCUGUCUAUCUGCAAGGAAGCCCCUUCUGCUUUAAAGGAGCAUACGGAUCUUUUCUCUUCCCUUCUUGAAUUUAUUAAAAUUGAAAAUCAAAACGUGCAUGUUUCCGACAGUUUACUGCUCUUACAUGUAUAUAUCGUCCAAAGAUAUCAAACAAUUGAAGACAAUCAAUACGAGUGCACUUUUUCCAUAAUCUUAGAGAAGGGAGAACAACAAAGAGACGAUCCUAUAAUCAUGGCAGCUGUAGAGGAUCUAGUUUCAGUGAUUGCAAAUGUGUGGAGAGCAGAGAAAUCAGUGAUAUUUAUUCAUGACAUGCUACUUCAAAGGCAAAUAUCUGAAAAAAAGAUGGCUUUAUGCUUAUUAUUUUUUUCUGAAUUCCUUAAGCGAUUUAACGAUUUUACGCAUCCACUGAUGGAAAGGUUAAUAAAAGAAGUUGUCAUUAAAUAUAUUGAGCACCCUGACGCGGAAAUUAGAAGGGCGACAUUUAAUACUUGUCUGGUCGUUAAUUCGGUUGUUCAAAGUGAGGAAAAAACAAUGUCAAUCCUUGGAGACUUAACAGAGGGACAAAAAAAUUUACUUUCACACGUAUGGAAAAUGAACGGGUAA